CAUCAAUACCCAAAUCUCCUGCACCCAGCUGUGUGUCCAUGAAGAGUGAUCGGUCAAAGGGUGAGGGCCCCUUCUUCAGUGCUGAAGACAUGGAUCCUGAUCGCAGCAUCCAGCAGGGGCAGCAAAGUGCUCAUCAGUCCGAUAGGAAAACAUCAGGAGAGGACUUGGCUGCCAUAUUUCAGAGGCUUGAACAGCACAUCAUCACCUUCAUGAAGAAGGAACUCAAGAGACUGAGGAAGCUGCUGAGCCAUGAUUACCCAGAAUGCCCCAGUGUUGAGGAGGAAGAGGAGGAGAAUGAGGGCCAGAGAGGUGCCAGAGACGGAGCUCUGAGUAUUGCAGUGCACAUCCUGAGGGACAUGAGCCAGGAGACCCUCGCUGAGCAGUUGGAGAAACAUGGGCUGUUUCCAAGAUGCCAACAAGAACUCAAACAUCGGCUUUCUAAGAAGUUCAAAAGUGUAUUUGAAGGCAUCCCAAGGCAGGGAAAAAGUGCAUCUCUGGAGAAGAUCUACACAGAGCUCUACAUCACAGAGGGGGAAUGUGUUGAGGUCAGUACUGAACAUGAGGUCAGACAGAUUGAGAUAGCAUCCAAGACACACGUAACAAAGGCGGAAACACCAAUCAAAUACACCGACAUCUUCAAGGCCUUACCUGGAAAAGACAAGCAAAUCAGAACAGUGAUGACGAAGGGGGUAGCUGGAAUUGGGAAGACAGUCUCUGUGCAGAAGUUCAUUCUGGACUGGGCUGAAGGAAAAGCCAAUCAGGAUAUUCACUUCCUGUUUCCUGUGCCUUUUCGGGAGAUAAACCUGAUGAAAGAAAAGGAAUACACUCUCAUGGAAUUCAUUCAUUACUUCUUCAGUGAAACAUGUGACCUCAUCUUCUCCAUUGAUGACAAAUACAACAUUACCUUCAUCUUUGAUGGUCUGGAUGAAAGUAGGCGUCCUCUGGAUUUCCAGAAUAAUGAAUGCAUCUACAAUGUAUCGGAACCUGCCACAGUGGAUGUCCUUCUCACAAACCUCAUCAAGGGAAAUUUGCUUCCCUUUGUGCAAGUUUGGAUCACCUCCAGACCAGCAGCAUCCAGUCAGAUCCCUCCAGAGUGUGUGGACCAGGUGACAGAAGUGCGGGGUUUCACAGACCCACAGAAGGAGGAGUAUUUCAGGAAGAACAUCAAUGAACAAGAAAUGGCCAGCAAAAUCAUCACACACAUGAAGUCAUCCAGGAGCCUCUAUAUCAUGUGCCACAUUCCAGUCUUCUGUUGGAUGGCAGUCACCGUUCUGGUUUCUAUCCUGACUGAAGGCAAGACGGAUCAGAUUCCAGCUUCCUUGACCCAGAUGUACAUACAUUUCCUGAUCAUACAUGCCAAGCACAUUAGUCAGAAGUACAAGGACAUCUGGAACCAGACGACCGUUUUGUCCUUGGCCCGAUUGGCCUUCCAGCAACUGGAGAAGGGUAAUCUGAUCUUCUAUGAAGAGGACCUGAGAGAGUGUGGCAUGGAUUCCAAUGAGGCCUCUGUAUACUCAGGAGUCUGCACCCAGAUCUUCAGGGAGGAGUCUGGGCUGUAUCAGCAGAAGGUGUUUUGCUUUGUUCAUCUGAGCAUUCAGGAGUUCCUUGCAGCUUUAUAUGUGUUUCUGAGCUUUAGCAUAAGAAAUACACCUGACCAGCUCCAACCAUCUCAGUUUCAACAGCUGCUCAGCGCAAAGGAAUUCCAUGAGCUACACCAGACUGCUGUGGAUCUGGCCUUAGGGAACGAACAUGGACACCUGGACCUCUUCCUGAGGUUUCUUCUGGGCCUCUCACUGGAGUCCAAUCAGAAACUCUUACAUGAUCUCCUACCACAGACAGGAAGCAGCUCACGGGACACAGAGGAAACAAUCAAGUACAUUAAGGAGAAGAUCAGAGAAGCCCAAAACCCAGAGAGAUGCAUCAACCUGUUCCACUGCCUGAAUGAACUGAAUGACCACUCUCUGGUAGAGGAGGUCAAUGACUUCCUGCAUAGGGAAAAUAGACCCAGAGAGGAGCUCUCUCUUUCCCAGCUGUCAGCUCUGGCCUUUGUGAUGCUCGUGUCAGACCAGGACGUGGAGGAGUUUAACCUGGAGCAUUAUGGACGUUAUGCCAGAUCAGAUGCAGGUCUGCUGAGGAUGCUCCCAGUGGUCAAAAUAUCAAGAACAGUGAAGUGAGUAUUG